AUGGAUCAGAUUAGGCGAAAAAGCGCAGAAUUACUAGAGGAAGCACUAUGUGACAGCCCUGCACCUGCACAUGCAACAGCUGACGAAGCCUGUUCAAUGGCCAAGUGCAUUGAGAAGGAAAUCUAUGCAGCGAAUCACAAUCAAAUCAACAACGAAUACAAAGAGUCGAUACGAUCCCAUAUCUAUAAUCUUCGAGAUACAAAGAACCCACUACGACAGCAUGUACUUUCGGGAUCUAUCAGCCCGGCCGAGUUGGCACACAUGACAACAAAAGAUAUGGCUAGCCCCGAGCUUCGAUUGGAAACAGAGCAACUACGACGAAGGUCGAUAGCAGAUUCUAUGGAAUAUGACACAAUCCAACCUCGACAUCGUGAACAAGAUAAUCCAGAUGAGGAUAAACAAUAA